AUGGAGCAACUUGUUGACACGUCUCUCCCCCUCCGACUUGUACCCUACCCGAACGUUUUGCUUGUCAUCGUUUGUUUCGCGCAGGUCACCGCGGGUAAGGGAGACUCCGAGGAGAAGCGCAUUUUCCUCUUUUCCUUGCGGAGGAUCGCGAUGGGAGAAGAGAUUGUCUACUCGUACCCCGCCCCGGGCUCGCUCGGCCUGGGAACGACGUUGCUAGAUGAGUGCGCAUGCGGCGCGCCGAUGUGUUGCGGGAUCAUGGACAACUGCGACGACAUCCUCGAACGGAUGAAUUCUAUCGAUUGGCACACCACGCUAUAAGUGCCAAGCAUCUGAUAGGACUACUGUGUCAUUUGGGGGUGGGCGCUUGGGGGAGAAGGGGGAGGCCAAUGGCUCUUGUAAUUGACAUGUUUGUGUUGUUGUUGUUGUUGUUGUUGUUGUUGUUGUUGUUGUUGUUGUUGUUGUUGUCUUCACAUUAAAAACCAUUCCGUAGUGUGGUGUGGUUUUGAGAGAGAGGAAAAGAGCCAGCGGACAAUUGCACGAAAAGCCCGCUACCCCACAAAUGUCUAUUUCGCGUUCGUGGGCGGGUGCAAUGCCUUUCAGGGACGAUCGACCAGGAUAUUGAGCAGUGGUGUAAGCAUCCCCAGCAGCAGAAGCACAGCAGCGUGUAGUCUUGGAGGGUAAGCUGCGUUGGUGUUGUUUCUACUUCGUACACUGCACGGUCUGCACAUGUAGUGGAAGCUACAACCUAAGUUGAUGCUUGCCUCGUGAAGCUGUACAGUGGUUGUACUUGUUUUGCUCCUGAAGUUGUUUUCGGGCCUUGAUUGUAGCUGAAGGUAUUUUGAUUUAGGCGAAAGCCAUUAUUGGUCGGCGAGACAGACCACCACGAUAUUAUUACCGGUGAGAGUGGGCGGGGCUGGGCGCGAGUAGCAGGGCUACAAGAUAUACGGGGAGGGUGUAGUGGUGUUUAGGGUACGAAUAUCCUUCGAAAAAAUUCAUCAUUAUUGCAACUUUAGAAAGACGCGAAGAAGGGAAGAGAUUGGGGAAAGUGCUACUUGGGUUACUUGACUGGAAAACCGUUUACACAUAAAAUCGUUUUGGUUGUUUGAUUGAUCCCCACGUGAUGCCAGUGUUGUGUUGUGUUUUUUUUUCAGAUUGGAGCCGUGGAGCAGACCAGUGGCGGCGAUGGAAUCCGUAAGGAAAGAGAGGCGGUGCGCAAGAAGCCGGACGAGCAAAAUGUGUCUGCCAGUGUCGUGUGUUUAUUUUGUCUAGGAGCAGACCAGCGGCGGCGAUAGAAUCCGUAUCGAAGGGACUGGCCGCGACGGCAGGCAAUACGAUACUGUACCUGCCCCAUCGUCUGAGCGGCACAGCCGCGGCCUACGGGAGAUUGAGAAAAAUGUCAUGUCACGUGUCGUGUGUUAGGGAAUGUACGUGUAGACGUGCUUGGACGUGAAUGCGACGAGCGCCGUGGGAAUAACUACCAAAAACGCGCCAUCCACGCAAGAGGGUAUCAUAGAGGAGGUAGAGUUGUGGUUAGCCAGGUGCAGGUUGAGUGGUUUGUUGUGUGGGUCGAUCUCCCCGAGAGAAUACAUGUCUCAUCGUUGUUGCCACGACAGACGAGUAAUGUCCGUUUGCGCGGGCCAGCGACGGAACUGUAAUUGUAUUUUGAAAUUGAAGUGGCAGCAAAGGAGUGACAUGUCGAAGCAACUUUGGUUUGUACACCGUUUUUUCUCUGAUCAUGCGCUAGUGGAU